UGUUGAGGGCGGCGUCGUCGGUGUAGCAUGUCGCUCCAGCGUUGGCAACAACAACAACAACAACAACAACAGCGACAACAACAACAAGCAUGAAGAGAAUACUUCUACUAUAGGGAAGUUUGUUAUUUACUUCAACAAAAACAAGAAAAGAACAACAACAAAUUACAACAAAAGGUGUCCCUCGUUGAAAAUGCGUGACCCCUUCGCGUCCCCUAUCAUUGUAUGUCUGCAAGAGUGGGGGACACUAGACGGAUCGAACUACAGCCAACAAAGUCAAUGGAAUUUAUUCACAGAGAGUUCAGAGUUCGGCUGAGAACCCUGCAGGAAUAAAUGACCCUUCAAAAACCCCUUAAAUCCGCAGCUCUGCUAUAUCUUCCUCAGGGGUUAACUGAUGCUGGUUUAGGAAGCCGUUACUUUUGGAUUCAAGAUGAAGCUCCGUCAGCUAAUGGUCAGCUCCUUGCCCCGAAUGAGGGCCAGGAAGAAAAAACAACCGUCUUUUCAAGUACUGAACAAUGAAGCACAACAGUACGACCGCAACUGCAAUAGUUUUAGUCCAGAAAUGUCCCCUGAUAUGAAUGCAAAAGGUGACAUUGAUAUUGUGAAAAAUGUCUGCUUCCGAAGUGGAAUCGAAAACAGCGGCAGUGUUAGUAGUGGCACCAGUAAUGGGAACCACACCAGUUCAACAACUACCACAACAACAGCAUCAAUAACGCCAACAAAUAAUGUAGGCAAUGGCAGUACAAACAAAACUGAGAACAAUUGCCAUGCUAUAGACUGCAUAGAUGUUGUGAACUUUAAUGUCAACAUCAAAGGAGCACCUGGUGACAACAAAUGCGUUUGUUGCGACAAACACAUUUCACAGAUUAUGGCGUCAUCUUCGUCAUCAUCAUCACAAGAUGCUGAAAGUACAGAUAACGAUGAGAAUAGCAGCACCAGUGGCUGUAGCUCGGCUUCUAGCGACAAGCAGAACAUUCCGAAGACACGAUCUCGCAUCCGGACCAAUCCUUGGUUACCUUCACCAAGACCGACACCAUCCACUUCACCAACUUACUCGUCUUCCUCAUCCUCACUUACCUCUCAUUCGCCCCUAGUGUCGCCACAUAUUACUAAGGGCCGAUAUUCACAUCCGGCCGCCAACGCUGAUUUCCGGCGACUUCAAGAAAAUAAAGGAUGUCGAGUACGCUCUGACCGCAGCUGGACACGAAAGUUCGUACUGACCAACUUAAACGCCGCAAUUGGCAACGGCCGUCCACGUGGUUAUUACUUGUCGGACAGUGAUGAACAAUCACCAAUCGGAGACAAGAAUGGGUCGAUUACAGAAGAAGAAGACGACGGAUACUUUGACCAUCGAAUCAGCUUCGAAUAUGAAGAAACACUGGAGAAUUUGCUGGAAGGAGACCUCCAACAGCUGCGGAACGAGAGUUACCUUUCCAUUCAAGACUUAUUAACCGACGACUCUCGUCGCGAUAAACGGAGGAGCACUUGCUCAGAAUUCAGUUGUUGCCAUGACGACAGCUGUGAUGAAAGCGUUGCAGCCGACGCCAUUAGCAACGACCUGGAAGGCUCAUUAGUUUCAUCAACUCUCAGCUCUGAGUUGACUGAUAUACGGGAAACAGACACUGGCUAUUCGAGUUUAGCCUUCGACAGUCCCUCAUCUGAUUUAGACAAGGCUUUUGAAAAUAUUUCAGAACAAGGAGACAUUAAUGCUACAGUCCAAACUGGGCGAAGGAGCAGAGAUUUAUCCGAUGACAACAACAAAACGGAAGACGAGGAAUCCGAGAUUCGGUCUGAAUUAGCCGAAGAGAGCGAGCUUAUGGAUCUUUUCCGUGACGAUUUAACUGAUGACGAAGUGGUUGCAACUUUGGACGAAUCGACAAUAAAGGUUCUCCAAUCUACCGAUUGCUGCUCUGAUGACGAUGAGCUGUUGGCAUUGGAAGAAUCGGAAAAAGUAUCCAGUCUUGUCGGCAAAAACCAAUACGUAAAGCCUACUGGAAAUGAGAAAGACAGUAUAGCUAAAGUUGUGGUCGACGACGAUGGAUGUGUCACCGGUGCUGUGCCGCGUCGAUCUCUCAACGAGAUAAGAUGCAGUCUUGAAGAGAAAGUCAACAAACUUCGCCAAGAGAAACAACUUGUGGAGCAAAAAAUUCGUGAGGCGAAAGAAGCCGAAAAGAUCCGAGUGCAAGAGAAAAGGAAAUUACAAAAACACGUGAUCAUGCACCGGAAACAGAUGCUUCUACAGACACUAACCAAUCUAAAGGAGAGGUUAGAAAACCAAAGCACUCGUCUGCAAACAAGCUACAGCGCCGUUCUUUCGAUGCAGCAAAGAUUUGCACAACGCCAGUCGCCAUUGCUGCUGAUAUCAGCGAGUAGCUCUUGAGACAACUCAACCAAAGAUUUCUUGCUUUCAGGGCAACAAUAUCAAAAUUACUAGAAUGUGUGAGCCCCACCCAAAAUACAAACGAAAACUGAAAGAAAGACAGAGAAAAAAAGAAAGAAAGAAAGAAAAGACAAACAGAAAAAAAAAGUUUCUCUUCCAUGACCCACUUAGAAAAUUCAUGAACAAUAAAAACAACAACAGUAAGAAGAAGAACAACAUCAGUCGUACAGAAAGAAGAUGGGAGAGGGUUCGAAUGAGGACAUCGCAACUAUUUUGACUUCAGGUUGAAUAGAAAAAGAAAAAAAA